UCUCGGGAGUCCCUACUGGUCCUACGUUUAAAGCUACAGGUCCAAAAGUUGUCUGGAAACCCGGACAAUCGUCUAUUACUGUGGAAACUGGUGGAUUUGAACACAAGGCACGAGAUCAAGAAAAACUCACAGAGGAUAUCAAGCCAUCCUCACAACUGCCAUUUACAAGUAUCAAGUUAGACUUUGAUGAAGAUGUUAAACAAACUAGAAAUCCUAAAAUGGAGGAUAUGCAACAAAAAUCCCUCAUACCAGAAGGUACUUCUGCAUGGAAGACUUCCCAAAACUCCCCAAAUUCAACUUUGAUUAGCACUGUUUAUUCAAAACUCCCUGAAGAUUCAAAACCAAACAGGGAAAAUGAUAUAAGAAAUUCUUCAAAUUUAUUAAAGUCAUUGACGAAUGAAUGUGAACCUUCCUCUGAGAACCUAGUAGACUCCUUAUGUUAUAAACAAAGAGAAGAAGAUCUUCCAAGCAAUGUAGUGUUUAUGGUGGAAGAAGACAAAUUAAAUACUGAUGGUUAUUUUGCAAUGCCAGUUCAAGAUGUCACCUCAAAUACAGCAAAUAUCAAAGCUCCAUCAAAAUAUACAUUUAUUGGUCCUUUAGAAGAAGGAAUUCCAGUUGGACUUCGAACAAAUGUGAAAAACGAACAUGCUAGUGACUGGUACAAAUCUAUGUUCCGAUCACUGCACAGACCUGAUGAACCAAACAGGGAUGAUUAUGUGACUCUGAAAUACAAGAAAGGUCAAGUCUCCCCUGUGGGUGGUUAUAUGUCUGAGCCUGAGUUUAACAGAGAUGAUGGAUAUUCUCAUCACUCCAGUUAUGCCACACCAUAUUAUCAGCUGUAUCCAGAUAAAGAAGCCAACCAAGAAUCAAGACAUCGCACACUUCAGCGUAGUAUUUACCAAUCUAAUUCGUGUAUUACCCCUCCACCAAAAACUUCUACAGAAGUGUACAGAAAUCAGCCACGAAGUAUAGCAGAAUAUGAACCUGGUCAUUCAUCUUUAGCCGAAAAAGAAGCCAAGUUGAAUGAAAACCAAUAUUUAUCCGCACAUGACAAGUCCCGAUCUUUUAAAUUUUACAAGGAUGGCUAUGAAAGUGAUUCUACACUAGUAACAAAAACUCGAGGAUAUCCUACUAAGAGCCCAAGACAACAGAGAAACUGGUGUAACGAUUCCCAGCAACAGGCUUUGACCAGAGAAAAAUGCAAAGGUAUUUCUCCACAUGCAUCCCAAGAGGGCUCUGUGAUGGGACGGCCAUACAAGCCAGUUAGGAUCACAUUUAAAGAUGAUGAGCUAAAAAAGCAUCAAGAAGAAGAGAAACACAGAAAAAACUUAAAAGAAUUACAGAUGAGAAGGCAUACAGAUAAUUUCAUGCCAUCACAGAAAUCCCCCAUACCCUUAGAUCGAUAUGACAAUCCUUAUGAACCCCAAGCCACAACCCUUCCAAAACCUCUUGAGGCUCAUACUAUGGCAAAAGUAUUGUACGCUUUCACAGCUCAAACUCCACGAGAGUUGUCCCUGGACAAAGGAGAUAUUGUCUAUAUACACAAAGAAAUUGACAAGAACUGGUAUCAAGGUGAACAUCAUGGAAGGACUGGUAUUUUUCCCAUUAAAUAUGUAGAGAUAUAUUUUUGUAUUUCAGAUUAUUUCUUCAGAAAAUGCACUUCUUCAUCCUCGUAAAGCUACAGAAGGUGAGGCAAGAGCAAAGUAUAAUUUUCAUGCUCAGACUUCAGUGGAACUCUCAUUAUUCAAGGUA